AUGGAGAUAGAGGGGGAGAAGCGUCUCAUACGAGAUACACCCACCACAUCCUGGUCCGAUCUUCCUCUAGAUCUCGUGAUUUUGGUAUUCCAACGUCUCAGCUUUGCUAAUUUCCAAAGAGCUAAAUCGGUGUGUUCGUCUUGGUACUCUGCUUCGAGACAAUCCGUGCCCAAAAACAAUCAGAUCCACUGGCUGAUUCUCUUCCCUAAAGAAGACAACAAGGACAACAACUACUCAUGCACGCUGUUCAAUCCCGAUGAGAAAGACAAACAUUACAAAACACAAGAUCUUGGUGUUGAGUUUGCAAAUAGACGUUAUAAGGUGGCAACCUAUGGAAGCUGGCUCCUAAUAAGAGAUACUCUGAAGGAGAUGUACCUUGUGAACCUCUUUACCAACGAGAGGAUCAAUCUACCUCCUGUAAAGUUAUUACGGGAAGAUUAUGAGUUACAUACUACAAGUCGCGAGAAAAAGUGGCACAAUGGUAGGAUUAGGUCUGUGCUAUCCCCUGUGUUUUGGAUUGACGAGGAUACCAAAGAUUACGUUGUUAUUUGGGGAUUUGGAAUGUGGUGUGUGGUCUAUGCCAAGAAAGGAGAUACCUCGUGGAAUAAGAUUCCGGAUAUUUCUCAGUGUUACCACAUGGUUUACAGGGAUCACAAGCUUUACUUCCUAAACUUCAAUGAUGUUUUCAAAAUCUUCGAUUUGUCUGGAGAGAUUCCACAACUAACCUUUCAAUGGAUGGUUUCUCGGAACAAAUGUGAGUCAGUUCGUCAGCCGAAUUGGGAAUGGAACAGUUGUAUCACAAGACUUGUAGUCACAUUGACAGGAAAAGUCCUCAAGGUUGAACAAAUGUGGGUAAUGAAAUCUAGUACGUGGUCCUUUAGGGUUUUGGAGGUUUAUUCACCAGACCUCCAGAAGAAACAACAACGGAGGAUUCAUUAUCUGAGAGAUGAGUCGAUUCUUUUGGAUCAAGGCAUCACUGUGCUCGCCAAUGACGCUGAUGGAUUCGCUAGAAAUACCAUCUAUUUCAGUGAUGAUAGGCAAAAGAUCAUGUUUACCUUCAAUCUUGGGACACAAAAGACGGAGCCGCUGCACACAUUUGAUAUUUCUUCAUUUCAAUUCUCUGGAGCUCAAUGGUUCCUACCUAGUUUCACGCUUACAUGA